UUUGCGCCCUCAUUAUGACGUUCGUGACGUCAUAACAACAUGGCGCGUCUGAAGGGAAAAUGAGGAAGAGGCCCUACCCUUCCUGAAGUUACGUCCUUUCUACCAGGCUUCACUCCACUUGGAGGUGAAAAUCGUCCACAAUAUCCCUUCAAGACGAAAUAGGGAGCCGCCAAGAUGGAAAAUGUUCCGAUUCGGGACAGGGUGACUGCAGAGGAGCGUUUUGAGUCUGCCCAGGUGUGCCUGAGUCAGGGAGAAGUGGAGGAGGCACACAGAUUGCUACAGGAGGCUGUGAGACUCGACCCGUCCAACAUCGUGUAUAAGGACAGUCUCCAGGAGGUGGUGCGUCUGCGUGAACAGCAGCACAGCGUCUACAACGACCCCGCCACCACGACCUUCAGCUUCUUCCACCACGGCGGCCCGGGGGACGCGUCGGGGUGCCAGGGCGCGAGCUCGGACGAGGACGGCCCCCUCAAGCUCUUCAACAUCUGGUCCAGCUGGUCGGGAUUCGGCUCCCCGUUUGGGUUCAACCUACCAUAUCAGACCCCCCCUCCCGACAACAACCCGCACGUCCCUUCCCAGCCUGCCCCUGGAGGAUCCAACACCCCUCCGCAGCCUUCCCAUGAUGCACCACAAGCAGCACCCCAAGACCAGAAGUCCCACAAGUCGGAGGACUUUGACUUCGACAUCCAGUAUCGGCCCAAGACUAAGAAGGGAGAGAAACAUGCAUCGCCUAGCUUCUCAGAUGGUAAGACGUUCGACUUUCAAGACGCUGCCCGAGAAGGGGAGAAGAUGUACAAGGAUGCGUUCGCGUCUUGGAAGGCCAAGCCACAAACCCCAGAGCCUGUGACCAAGAAAGUGAGCGUAUCAAAGCCCAAAGUAGCCGCGGAAAACCUAGAAUCGUUAGGCGCAAGCAGGGUGGUACCUAACGUGAGAUACUCGGACAUCGCGAGCAAACCUCCCAAGCCGGCCGCACCAGAACCCAAGCACAGUCAACCUCGUGCCACUAACACCAGUACCAAGCCUACAGGCAAGAAGGCACAGAAGAAACGUGUCUACAAUGUAGACCUGAACAAGCCGGAAGUCAAGUCUGACUCUAAGUACGGACUGGACAGUUUUGACCCAGGCAGUGAGUCGACCAUGCACCGUGCAGAGUCCAUGCAGUCUGUCGCUUCAACCUCCUCCAACAGCAGUGACCGCGUGACGUCUGCUAGUGACCGCUCACACGUCGGCAACGGCCGCGUCCAGACCAGGACGUUCAGCGUGGACUCUGAUGACCACACAGAAGAAGCAGAACCUGUACACAAGGCUGACCACAGCUCCACGCAACCUGCCAAGACCACUACCAGCGGAAAGUCAGGGUCCGAGGGGGACAGACCCUCCCAUCGGGGCGGUCACUCCUCCCGAACACGACACACCGUGGAUGAACUGUACUGCAGCGGGGACUUGGGCACAGGUCGACAGGACACAGAGUUACAGAACGGGUUUGCCCGACUGUAUCAAGAAGAAGAGGAAGAGGGGGAGGAGGAGGAGCACAGGACCAGGGUGAGACAGAGGAGCUCCGCCCGACACACAGACGGGGGGCCGCCCAAAAGGAGGUCCAAGAAGCAGAGAAAGGGAGGCGGCAAGAAAGGUGGCCUCUGGCACUCCAACAACAAGGCCGUCUCUAUGGCGCGGGAAGUCAUGCUGGGCUUCUGGUUCCUCGUCCUCGACUUCUCCACCUGGACCUACCAGAGCGUUGCCAUGGCAGCAGAACGGUCCACGCCCUUCCUCUACCAGGGCAUCACCGCACUGGGCAUGCUCCUGAUCGUCUUCAGCGAUUGGCUGAAGGAGAUCGGCCUCAAGGCCUGGGAUUGGUUCUUGGAGCACCUCUUCCGGGGCGUGGAGUGGACAAACCAGCGGUCGGCGCGUCUGUGGGAGUGGCUGAAGACGAGAGCGCCGGUGUCAAGAGUAGAGGCGGGCAAUCUAGCGAACAAGGCCGUGAGCUUGGGGAAACAAGUGUUGUACGGCGCCGUGUCGCUAGUGGUGUUUCUACUAGUACUAACCUACCUGCUUCUGAAACAGAUUUUGUUAUGGGCAUACCGAGCUGUCUGCUACGUGCUCAGUGCUGUGCUGAGGAGGGACAGAAAAGGCAGAAGUCAGCUGGAGACAGAAGGGUUGGAGGAAAACAUAGAGCUGCCCUCCACUGGCGAGGAGGCUGUCAGAAGAUUGCUAUCCAUGAAAGACAGAGACCCUUGGAGUAUCCUGGGUGUUCGGAGGGACGCCUGUGCUGAUGAUGUGAAGAAGUACUACAGGAGACAGGCUGUGCUGGUCCACCCAGACAAGAACCAGUUGCCGGGUGCAGAAGAAGCCUUUAAGAUCCUGGGCCAUGCCUUUGAGGUGCUUGCCGAUCCGAUGAAGCGGAGAGAGUACAUUCAGCAGAAGUCCAACAAGACUAAGGUGGAUGAAGCCAUGGAAGAGUUCUUCGGCCAGCUGGAGGAGCUGCGUCAGAGGCUGCAGGAGGCCAUUUACACCAUGCGCUGUGACCGCUGUGGCGAGAAGCACCGCCGUGUGCCCAUGGACCGGCCCUGGUACGCCGCUCGCUUCUGUACGCGCUGCAACACGCACCACUGUGCCAAUGAGGGCGACAUCUGGGUGGAGACGACAAUGAUGGGCUUCAAGUGGCACUACUUUGCCGUGAUGGACAGCGAGGUGUGCGACAUCACCGAGUGGGCCAGGUGCCAGACUGAGCUCCACAACCUCCAGCCCAACUCCCACUUCGUGCAGUGCCGUAUCGACACCAAGGGUGCCCGCAGCGCCAAGAACUUCUUCAACCCCAACCGCCCCCGCGAGGACGAACUGGACGAGUUCCUGGCCAACCUCUUCUACGAGGCCAUGAAGGAGGAGUCGCGGAGGGAGGGCGGGGCCACCCCGCCCGGCCACGCCCCGGGUCACCCUCCGCCCCAGGCACAGGACUUCGCUGGUGCUCAACCCAAGAAGGGCGGCAAGCGAAGGAAGAAGAGGCGAUGAUGCGAACGAUCGGUGCUAGGACUGCUUUCAUUGGACAUGAGUUACAGGGGUCAAAGGGCAUGAGAUGACCUCAUGAGGUGCCUAUGACAUCACCAGGGCGGCCUUGUGACAUCACCAAUUGCCUAUGACAUCAUCAGUGUGACAUCAUUGAUCAUGUGACCCCAGAGCAAUUGUAGACGACAAGAAAAUGUAAUCCUAGCGCAGCUUCCAUAGACAAGUACAGUACAAGUACUACAUUGUCCAUGAUGUUGCCCUGAAAAUGUAUCUUUUUUACAAAGAUCCCUGCAGCGCAUUUGAAUAAGAUAUUUUCCUUUAUGUAAGACAAUAAUGUUUUCUGCAAAUUUGGUGUAUUGGCUCUUGAUUAGAGGGAAGGGACGGUCUUAAGACAAGGCUAAGGAAAGAAUCUCAAUCUAUCAACUGGCACUUUGCAGGAUUUUCAUUACUUCCUUUCUAUAUUCUGUUAUUCUGUAGCAUUUCAUGACAUGUUCACUCAACUCACAUCAUACCCAUGACAAAGACAAGACUACAAAAAAAGAUACCGUAUGUCAAGUAGCAAGUAUUUAUCGAAGAACAUAGCAGUUGUUGGAAAGAAGCAAAACUGGACACAGUUGUAGCAUUAGAAAGUGAAACAUAAUUUCAUUAUUCAGUUUUUGUGGUAAUUCCUGUAGGGCUGCCCUAGUAAGAUUUUGACUGACUGCUAGCAAAAUGUCAUCAGAGAAAAAGACAACAGUAAUUUCUCCAUGACACAUUACAAACCUGUACUGUUCAGCUGUAGAGCAAUGUUGGUUAAUUUUGCAUGAAAGUGUACCAGUAUUUUGUUAUUGUUGGGAUGUAGAAAUGUAGUCAUGGUCUUAGCUUCUCAUCAUGAUACGCAACUGUCAUGUGUCAAUCAUUUUUGCAAACAUGUAGAUGGGCCAGUGUAGGAAAAAGUAUUAAUCGUUCUAUAAAAGUAUAUCAGUUCACAGCAAACCCUGCUACUAUACAACCUGGGUUGCAGUUGUUUGAAAAAAGCCAUCUCAAAAAAAUGAUUUAUUAGAUUUUACAGGAGGUAUUUCUUUCGUAGUUGUUUAUGAUAUUUUGUUAUGUUUGUAAAUGCUGGUACAUAUUGAAAAGAUGAUACAGCAAGAAUGAAUCUGUUGACAAUCUUGUAAAACUUUAUAUUACUGGCACUACUUAGUACUAAACCAACUCUGUGAUGUGUUAAACUGUAUUCUCAAAUUAUAUGUUGCUUUAAGUGCCUUAUGGAAUGUACAAUAUACACUUCGGCUUUGUCACAGCAACAACUACAAUCUUUGAAAUUCCAGUGGACAAAAACUAUCAGCACGAUUUUGUAACUUCUUCAGAACAAGCCAAACAAUUUUUUCUUUAUUAGAAACAGUUAUCUAAGAGUCACUUGGAAAAAAGUCUACUCAUUCAUGCUACUAAAGCCACACAACUUUUUUGUAUCUACCCUCCUUGUCAAAAGUGCAAUUGGUGCCCUCGUUUUCUUAACAAUGAAUACUGCAGAGCAGUCUUCUCUUUGUUCUAACACAAGUUAAAAGUCAAAUGUAUGAGAUGGUUUGCAAUGAUAAUGUCAUUGAAAUCACAAUGCAGCUCUUUUCACAAGAUACAUUUUUGGCGACGCCUCAGGGGCAGGCCGUAAUUACAACAAGAUGUGAAACAUGACAUAAAACCAUGAAACGCGAUUUCUGUUUUCACUGGUACAGCUGGUUUAGUGAAUGUACUGAUCUUAACAAUGUCUUGAAAAAACUAAGGAAUUGGAGUUAUGUUUGGUUGUAAGGUUGGUUUGAAGUCUGGGAUGGACUCAUGCUGUUUAUUUCUGCUAUGUGCCAAAUCAGUGGAUGUAAUUUGAAAGUUUCCCUUGUUUCUCCUCUACUGUAUUCCUGAAACGUCAGCAGAUCGUUGCCACUAGUAGUAAA